AAGCCAAGUGCAUGCUACCAGCAGCAGAUCAGAGCACUUUCUCAGUCCUCCACUGUUUUGAGCCAGUGAUCUUCUCUCCUUGGAUCUUGUAUGCUCAAGAAAGAGAAGAAAAUGCAGAUUGUCAGAAUCUGUUAUGAUCUCUUCAUUACUGGAUGUUGAGUCUGGAUAUCAGAACCAGUACAGUGAAGUACUCUCCUAUUAAGCUGAGGGAGCAACUUAAAAUCAACAAAAUAACAACGGGCCUAACACAAUCAGGAAAUCUAGGUCUCUUAAAGUGAAAAGCAAACAACCUGUCCUUCUGCCCUUUCCCGAAAUCUAAAUGUGAUGGCCGUGCUGCUCUUCCCUGUGCAGCUGCUGGCAGUGGCUGUCACCAUUUACCUAGAGCUGGUGAGGUCUGCUCAAGGCGGUGUCUACUAUGGGAUUAAGCAGCUGCCACCCCAGGUGCCCCAGUACCAACCCCUCGGACAACAAGUACCUCACAUGCCGCUGGGCAAAGAAGGCAUCCCCAUGCAGCACAUGGGCAAGGAGGUGCCUCACAUGCAGUACGGGAAAGAGUACCCCCAUCUGCCUCAGUACAUGAAGGAGGUCCCGCAGAUGCCUCUGCUCGGCAAGGACAUGGCUCCCAAGAAAGAGAAAGAAAUGCCCGUGCGCAGUCUGAGGGGCGAGCAAGGUCCCCCUGGUGAGCCUGGACCAAGAGGGCCGCCGGGGCCACCAGGAUUACCCGGUCAUGGUGUGCCAGGAGCAAAAGGAAAACCAGGCCCACAAGGAUACCCAGGAAUUGGGAAGCCGGGUUUGCCAGGGAUGCCGGGGAAACCGGGGGUCAUGGGGCCCCCAGGGCCAAGAGGGGAGAUGGGGCCAAAGGGUGAGAUUGGGCCCAUGGGGAUACCUGGGCCGCAAGGACCACCGGGGCCUCAUGGGCUUCCUGGCAUAGGGAAAGCAGGUGCUCCGGGGCUGCAGGGACAGCCAGGGCCGAAGGGCGAGCCCGGAAUGAAGGGGCCCCCGGGAGUCCCCGGGAUCCCAGGGCCGAAAGGGGAGAAGGGUGUUGGGAUCCCAGGUUUGCCAGGGCUGAAGGGUCCACCCGGGCUGCCCGGCCCCCCUGGCCCUGUGGGGCUGCCGGGGGUUGGCAAGCCAGGCAUGGUUGGCUUCCCUGGCCCACAGGGACCCCUGGGCAAACCUGGACCCCCAGGAGAGCUGGGGCUGCAGGGGCCCCCAGGGGUUCCCGGGAUCCAAGGCCCCCCCGGCCUGCCCGGCGUUGGCAAACCUGGCCAGGACGGUGUUCCCGGCCAGCCGGGCUUCCCAGGCGGCAAAGGGGAGCAGGGCCUGCCAGGCCUGCCAGGGCCCCCUGGCCUCCCUGGGGUUGGGAAGCCAGGCUUCCCUGGGCCCAAAGGUGAGCGUGGUGUGGGUGGUCUGCCUGGCCCCCUGGGGCCGAAGGGGGAGAAAGGGCACGCAGGGCCACCUGGCAUGGGGGGGCCACCAGGGGAGCCAGGCCAGCCAGGACUGCCGGGCAUCAUGGGCCCCCCAGGGGCUGCCGGCUUCCCGGGACCCAAAGGAGAAGGUGGUGCUGUGGGGCCGCCAGGACCGGUCGGUCCCAAGGGUGAACCCGGCCUGCAGGGGUUUCCAGGAAAGCCAGGCUUUCCCGGAGAAGUGGGUGCCCCCGGGCUGCGGGGGCUGCCAGGCCCCACAGGGCCCAAGGGGGAAGCCGGACACAAAGGCUUGCCGGGGCUGCCAGGUGUCCCAGGGCUCGUUGGGCCGAAGGGCGAGCCAGGGCUCCCCGGUGCCCAGGGGCUUCAGGGCCCCUCGGGCAUCCCAGGCAUCGCAGGACCCAGCGGUCCCAUCGGCCCCCCAGGGCUGCCAGGGGCAAAGGGUGAGCCCGGCCUGCCUGGACCCCCCGGCUUCCCCGGUGUGGGCAAACCUGGUGCCGCAGGGCUGCAGGGACCCCCGGGGAAGCCCGGCGCGCUUGGUCCCCCUGGCCAGCCGGGACUCCAGGGGCCCCCUGGCCCCCCGGGGCCCCCCGGUCCCCCGGUCAUCAUCCCACCCACUCCGCCAGCCGUGGGACAGUACUUGCCCGAGGUUGGGCCAGGGAUAGAUGGCGUCAAGCCCCCCUACGGCUACGCGGGCAAGAAAGGCAAGGCUGGUGGUGCCGUCUAUGAGAUGCCCGCAUUCACAGCAGAGCUUCUCACCCCCUUCCCCCGGGUUGGGGUGCCCGUGAAGUUCGACAAGCUCCUCUACAAUGGCCGGCAGAACUACAACCCCCAAACGGGGAUCUUCACCUGCGAGAUCCCCGGUGUCUACUACUUUGCCUACCACGUCCACUGUAAAGGGGCCAGCGUCUGGGUUGCGUUGUUCAAGAACAACGAGCCGCUGAUGUACACCUACGACGAAUACAAGAAGGGCUUCCUGGAUCAGGCUUCAGGCAGCGCCGUUGUUCAGCUGAUGCACGGAGACAAGGUUUACGUUCAAAUGCCAUCCGAGCAGGCGGCAGGACUCUAUGCCGGGCAGUACGUUCAUUCGUCUUUUUCAGGAUAUUUAUUAUAUCCCAUGUAAAACAAAAAACCAGACACUCACACACAUACACACAAAAUCAAAACCUUUCUUCUCUGCUUCAAACUUAUACCAUGAAAGAUGCAUUUUAUGACCAUUUUGGACCAUCUUGUGCAAAAAAUAAAUAAAUACAAAGUUUAACAUUAUGCACAGCUAGUUAUAAAAAAAGUGUGGUGAACAUAUCUAAAGAUGUGUAUCAGGUUCAUAAACAGUUGUUUUGCACCCGAGGGGGACAUAUUAGCUGUACGUUAUAUAUUUCUGUGAUGCCAUGCUUACUUCAUUUCAUUCACAAUAAUUCAGUACCAAGGUUCAAAUCAGCGUACGUCACUCACUCCCAUUGCAUAUUUGACUGUUGCAUUGAUCAUAGUUGCAAGAUGAAAACCGGUGACUUAAACCAGAGUAGGUCGGUCUCAAAUUAUAUGGAAAAAUUGAGUGGCUUUUUAUUUGUUUGGGUGGGGAUUUUGGGGGACUUUUUGACAGCAGGUCUGCCUGACAAGCAAAGGUUCUCUUAGCUGGAGACCUUUAUUUCCCUUCCCCCCAUAUGAAAUAUUCCUGCAGGUGUGUUUUUUCCCCCUGAACAAUUUAUUUAUGAUGGAAAAGGAGUAUCAACGAUGUAACUAUUCCCCACAAGCCUUCUCCAGCAGUCAUUGGACCCAGAACGCUGCCACUGACUCUAGCAGGUGCUGGGCUCACCUCCAACUGCCACAGCCCUCAAAAAGCCUCCCUCUGCAUUUGCACGGUUGAAGUAGAUGAGGUGGAUCAGAGACAAAACCGAAGGGUUCCCCAUUUGCUUUGUGCCACAUGAUUGAGGCAUUUUGGCCAACACGUGGCAAUACAGCAGGGCGGUAGAAAUCUGCUUGGGUUUCUGUGCUCGUGCUAAGAACCUGCGUCCUGUUUGGCUUGUCAGAAGUGGUGCCUCUUCUGCCACUCAGUGACAGAUAAAUCAGUUUACUCUUCAGUGACUAGGCAAAGCAGAAGUAGGUCUCUGUGCUAAUUAACUCAUUUGCUGUUUGAGAUCAACUGAUAAUUUUACCAGCAGUACUGAUCAUGCAAAUUUAUCUAAGAAUUUCAUUUUUAUAUAAAAGCUGAUUUCCAAUCCUUAUUUAUAUGUUACCAACUGUCAAGGAGAACCUGCAGGCCUUGAUCUUUUCUGUACAUGAGGAAAGCAACUUCUCUGCAAGAGCUGUCUGUUCAUCAGUGGUGCUAAUCUCACCUCAAAAGUAUUCGUUUCCAGAAGGCAGUGUACUCUGCUGUUGUUCCCUGUACAGUGCUGCACAUCACACACUGUUGCGCUAGUUGAAAGAGUUAAAUACUCAUCACUUCUUCAAUGUCUUUAGCUAACGCUACUGCUUUUGAUUCAAAAACAAACUAGAUUUUUCAUGCAGAACUAAGAUUGGAUUUAACUGGCAUUACCAUUAUUUAAAUGCAGAGUUUAAUGCAGUCUAACAUUGACUAAGGACUCCAGUGAUAUAAUGUGGUGCUUUAUCUCAGAAAUUUUAUGGAACGGUGACAGGAACGGACGGACAGUUUACCAGGCAUUGGUGACUUCGGUAUGUUCCCAGAAUAUAAGAGAUAUGUCAAAAGCAAAUAAUUUUGUAUUUAAAAUUUUUGUACUGAUUUGAAAAAAUAUCUUAUUAAAUAUCUUAAAAAAAAAAAAUCCUGUCUUCAUUCAGCAGAACUGUUCAAAGGAACAUUCACGCCGCUGAAUACCUAUAUCAGACCACAAGGACUCUCUGAAACCACUGAGAGAAUGGUAUGAAAAAAAAUCCAAAUAUUUUUCUUUAGUUCCCCUCUACUGGCAAAACCUGCCCUGGGGGAACGCACUGUCCCAGCAUCGCAUCUAGAGGGAGAGCGUGGCUGGGCCGGGGCGGGGGGGGGACCCAUGGAGCGAGGGAAUGCGCCUUAAAAAGGCACAGGGGCAGCGAGCAGGAAGCCAGUGCGAGAAAUCAGACGUGGUCGAGGCGCGUCAUUAAGGGUUUGUGCUCGCCUAGAAAGCCAGAGCUGGCUACCCGGGCUGGGAGAUGCGCACCACGCCCCCGGCUCUCCCUGCGAUUUGAAAACAGCUUUUCCCAUUUCUCACCAGUCUUCCGCCUGCAACAAAUACCUAGUGCAAAAGUGGAAACAUAUUUGUCACUGAUCUACAUCACUAUUCAACUGUGGCUCCAUUGCAGGGAGUAAAUUAUAACCGAUGGUGCAGCUCCCCCAUCUCACCUCAAAGACAGGCAUUUCCUCCAGGCUGGCAAACUCCUAAACUGUCCAUACUAAAAAAAUGAACGCAUUGAAUACCUACUUGUGUCAGAUAAUUGCUUUCUAAAUCUCCCUUAGAUGCCCUGAAGCCAUGGGCUAAGCAGCUCCCCGCUCCCCAGCAUCUCAUUUUUACUGCCCAAAAAGAAAACAAAACACGAGCAAGGUAUCACAAUCAGCAUCUCUCACUUUAGAUAGAAAGUCUUUUGUCACUCGCCACCUUCUUAGUUAAACAUCUGUUAUUUUACCAUUCCCCUGGAAUUCCCCAAGAUGGGCAAGAUUAAAAAAAAAAAACCCAUGAAAAAUUAAAAUCAGGACACUGCUCUUGAUCUUUCCCACAAAAAUCUAUGUCCCAGCUUUGCUUUUACCCAGCCCGGAGUGAGAUCUCCACCCCGCAGCACAGCUCAGCCUACCUAGGUUCAACAAUUUUCAGCCUUGUUUGCUCUACUAAGCACCAAAGUUUGUUCUGAAACUCGAUACUGUAUCUGACAACACCGCGAGUACUUUGCACAGCAUUAACAAUGGGACUGGGCAUGCAUCUGCACACACACCCCGCGUACUGACCUUGCGGAAAAUAAGCCUGAGGGCAGUCUUUAACACAAUUUAUUCACAGGAAAAUAAUCUCUUUCCAUUCGUAGCAUUCAAAAUUUCACUUGAAACAACUGUAAGAAUGUCUUCGAAAUACAGCUGGCACUUGAAAGGCAUAUAAAACUUAAGACAAACGGCAAAUAAAACAAAUAUUUACCGAUACCAAAACCAGAUGUUGAGCUUUGGAUGUUCUUAAAAAUCAGACUCCACUUAAAAGUUAAGGUAUUUAUACUACCUCCCAGGGCACUGUUAGAAAGGAAAGCGUGGCAUAGGAAACAAGAGAUACCACACGCUAAUUAUUAAAUACCCAAGUUGUGAUUCUGUAUUAUGACCACCAAUACAGUCACUGGAAAUGUCAUCUAGUGAUAUCUUUUAGGCACACUCAGAUUCGUAUUUAGUGCAAUAGUUUGUGACCUUCCUUCUUAAGUCGUAUCACUGUACUUCCCUUAAUUAUUACAACAGAGGAAAAAAUACUUUCCCAACAGAAAACAAAAAAAACCCCUGAAAGUCUGAGCCAAACAGAGCUUGCAGCUGAUGCACAUCAUCCUGCCUGUUUUGUGCCUUUUGUACCUCGGGGCUGGGUCUUUCUGAUGGUGCAGCACUCGAAGGAGGUGGCAGAUAAAACACAGGAGCACCUUUGUUGUAAGAUGCUGCUGUCUUGAAAUUCAGCAGGCUGCUGGAGAACAGGACAGCGGAGGAAGGGAUGAGACCGUCUGAUUUUGCAACUGAUACAAGAAGAAAAUUCACGGGAGACACUGGGUACCCAUAUAGUUACACCGUUACCAGACACAGAAAUAAAGCUGGCAGCACCCUGGGAUUCAAAAUUUGACAGCUUCACUGCUGCUGAUGCGAUAAAAAAAAUGGGGGAGCUUUUAAAGGGAAGUUUCAGUGCAGAGACUUCAGUUUCAGGAAUGGCAAAAAUAGAAGAUCUUAAUAGCAGCUCACUCCCAGAAAAGAUCUAAGUAUUUAGAGUUAGGGUUAUUGCUUUUGUCAAAAAGUCCCAAGGCAAGUCUUUGGUAUUGCAAAAUGCCUGUGAAAACACGUGCCUGGAUAGAAUAACUGCUGUGUCUGUGGGUGCUACUGUGAAACAUGUUACGUGCAGUUAUUCUUGCCUGCAUCUUCUGGGGGCAGGGGGGUGGGUAGAAAAUGAAGCACUUGGCUCACUGCUUGUUACUGAAGAGAGAAGCUACUGGCCUGCAAGCUGUCCUUUCCAAAAAACAAAACACCAAAACCCAGUACCCUGUGGUUUAUCGACAGUAUCAACUCUUGGCUCAGUCCCAAGUGAACAGGUCCGGCUCUAAACCUUACUCAGCCACCCUGCGACAGCAACCUCAUCACGCGUGGACUUAACAUCCCUCCCUGCAGGAGCACAGACGUGGGAGAAAAAUAUCCCUGGGAGUGCUGCUUAAUUUCAGAAAGAAGUCAGUCAUACAAAUGGGGAGGCUUAUUAAGAACACAUAAAAAGGAGCAGUCAAUAGGGAUAAAUGCUUGUAGAUAGCAUAUUCAAUGCAUUGAGAAUAUCAAACACAUUAUCCAAAAGAAAAUUUAAAAAAAUAAAAUAAAAAAAUCCUAGGGAGACCAAAAAAGCUGAUGUGGGGA